UGACAAUAGAAGCCUUCUCUCUUUUGAGGAAGAAAGGAUAAAUUUAUCACGGAAUAAUGUGAAGAUACGUCAAGUGAUUCAAACAGAACGUCAACAAUCUUGGCAUGAUUCCGGAGUUUGCUUGCCAUCGGAGGAACAAAUGUCUAAUCUAGUGGCUUUUUGGGCGUAUAUGUAUACGAGAGUAAAUUCUUAAUAUGCUGCGACGGAAAAGGCACGUUUUGCACUGUAAGGCGGGCUGAAGCUUUCUGCGUAGGAACAAAGAAAAGCUUUUAGAAAAAGAAUGGCAUCUAUCCUGAAUCUACGAUAGUCAGCUUCCUGAGUGACUCAUUGCCAUGAUGGUUAACGAUUCCAACGGCCAUGUGAAUAACCAGAGCCGGGCAAGAGAGGCAUUCUUCACACACACGGAGGUGAUAGGAUGGUGUUUUGCGUUUGGUAUUGUCGAUAUGCUCAUUGUGAUGAGCAAUACCCUCGCUAUAGUCGUAUUCACGCGGAGCAAGUUGCUACGGAAACGUACAAACUACUUUUUGCUGUGCCUGGCGAUUGCAGAUAUGAUGGUUGGUACAAUAUCAUUACCGAUAUUUGUACAUACUCUCGUUCUUUACACAAGAGGUGAAGAAUUGGAUAGCGCGUGGAUCAACGUACUUCAUAGAUUAUUGGACAUUUUUUCAGGAUUUGCUUCAAUCUUUGCACUAACAACUAUUGCAUUGGAACGUUUAUACUCAGUGGUUCUACCAAACUGGCAUCGAACUACACCAAGUUGUCUGUAUUUUAUCUUGAUAAGCAUGAUCUGGAUUCUGGCGGGCGUGCAUGUGUGUGUAAAAGUGCUCGUGAACGAGAAGAUGAUCUCAAGCAACAUAUUCUUGUACCUUAUGCUUGUAUCUUUCUUCAUUUGCGUGGUGGUGAUUUGCUUGGCUUAUAUCGGCAUUUGGUUCAAGGUUAACCAGAGGAUACACGAGAAAACGAAGAAAUCGUUGGAAAAAGACAAGAAACUAGCAACAACACUUUUUCUUGUGUCAGCUAUUUUCAUCUUGACUUGGUUCCCAUUCCAAGGCAUCAACAUCUUCAUUCCAACGUUGUGUGAAAAUGGAUGCACUUUAUCCAUUCUGACUCUCGUUUUCCUCACUAAAUUGAUGCAAUAUAUGAACUCGUUCAUCAAUCCUAUUAUCUACACCUUCAAGAUGCCUGACUUCAGGCGAGGUCUUCUAGCUUUAUUUGGAAAGAAAGUUUUAUAUGGGGCAUCGACCCGAGCUACUUCGAGGAUGUUAUCUGAGCGACGCCGAAGAGCAAGCACGUUACGAUCUAGUGAAACAGAGGCAAACGGCAACUGUGAGUGUGCGCUGUAACAUUGUAGUGUGAUCUUGAAAGACUGUUCUAUAGGAGCAGUAUCGUUUCAGUUACUAUCCUGAGGGAUGAAAUGUAAUGAUUUGUAUCUUAAAGGAUUACUAUCCAAGACUUCGCCAAGGCACGCGGGCGAUACCAUUGUGUCGAGAUCUUUGUACAUGCGCACAACUGGGCUAUCCCAAAGUCUCCACAAUCUAUAUAAUCAAUCUUCCACAGGGAUCAUCGCUCAAAACCGAGGCCUUACAAUGUUUGAAAUCUUUUUGUAGUCUCUUUUUAAUUUGCGGGUUUGACAACUUUGAUGAGGUUUGCCUUACUCUCGAGCUGAGUUAGAGACAGUGGUGUUCCGUUCAAAGCGGACACUGUACACUAUGCAUUUCUAAAA